ACGGGAAUCCACCGGGGUCCGUAUCAACUCCAUGGGUAAACAACCCCUCUGAAUGCUGGUUGCUGGCACCGAACGUUACCCGGAUGAGUCAAGUUCAAUGACGAAAUGGUCACUAAGUGUCGAAUCCCCAGUAAAAAAUGGUAAUUGGAGGAAAAUUGGCACCUGCCAGCGGGGCGUAAAAUUGUUCAUCGGUCACAUUUUUAUAAAUUAGAAAAGCCGGAGAGAAGAAUUGUCAGUUUGAAAACUAAAUCCAGUCUCUAACCAUCAUGUCACAAAAAUCCAGCUUAGCUUUUAUGCUUUUGGCGGCAUCCCUUUUAGCGCUUGCUUCUGCCCAGUAUUAUAACCAAUACAAUCCGUACUAUACACCAAGUCCCACGUUCUCCAGUUUAAACAACUACUACUACACGACAACGCCAUAUCCUUACUACUACAGCACCUAUACGACACCAAGUCCUUACAGCAAUACACAGAUUCGCAUUUGGCCCUAUGUAAUUGGCCAAUAUCUGUAUCCCACGUACUACAAUACCAACUAUUAUAAUCCCUAUGCUUCGUGGAGUAAUUCCAACUGGCAGAACUAUUAUGCCAACAUUUAUGGUUCCAAUUGGGGCAAGAAGUAGGCCUACAAGAAGGCGAUUU